AUGGAGAUCGUCGCGUCGUCGUCUUCGGACAUGCCCGCCAAGAAGCCAUUUCCAUUUUUCGAACUUCCCUCAGAGUUGCGCAUUAAGAUAUACCAAUAUGUGCUGUUCAUUGAGCAUGGAAACGGCGUCGUGGAUCUGGACUAUUAUAACGACAGAAGGAUCGCUCCGCGUUUGACAUGUUUCCGGGCUUGUCGGCGCAUGCACGAAGAAGCCUAUCCUAUCUUCUAUGGCUCGCCACAGCAGCCCUUUAGACUGUUCCCGACUGGUGGACACAUGUACAGAACCAAGAAGCCACUGCUCGAACUUUUCACGCCGACAUAUCGCGCUGUAAUAAACACAGUCGAGCUGCGUCUAGGGCCAGGAUGGGAGAGGGUCAGCCUCACCGAUUGUGCCUCACUGCGCAACCUCAAAGUCUUCGUACAGAUAGACCCAACCGAUCCGACUUUCAAGGGUCAUCAUGGAAAAGGCAAUGACCAAUAUACAUACAUGAAUCUCUCCGCCAGAUGGUUACGGGACAUUCUCGACCAAGUUCCUAGCAUUCGCAACGUCGAGAUUGAUGCAUGGGAAGGAGUGGAUAUUGUCUCACCAAUGCUCAAUGCGCUGGCCUCCGUGGUCUUGACCGCCGACAAGAGACUGACCUGGGGUCCGGGCCGGUUGAAGAAGCUCGAGAAGGACAAGGAACACAAGUUGCGCUGGGGCGUAUCAUGCGGCAUGGAGUCCAUGGAUCAAUUGGAAGACCUCAUGACGGCCAUGGUCAUAGGUGGUCAAUGA